AGCUGUAUGCUGGGUGUGACCAGACUAGCAAGCCCGUUUGGUGCCGGAUGGCAGGUGGUCACACGGUCACACUGGUUGCAUUUCGUCCAAACUUUGCACUUUUAUGUCUUUUGUUUGUGCACGUGCAAAUAACAUAUAGAUGCUCCGCAACUGAGGCGAGCGCACCUGCCGGACGACAGUGGACAGCGGUAGCGGCUUAGCGGUUGAUAGAGCCCGGCCAUGGAUCAAUUCUCGCACGACCUGACGGUGGCCCUCGAGGAGACCUCGCUGAUGGACAGGGCGAGUGGCGUCGGUAGGUGGGGCUCACGUCGCAGGACACGUUCCACAGGCAAUUUGCCCUGCGCCCCCCAGCCCACGGAGGACUCCUCGAGCAGUCCCACGGACACGCUGAAUGCUUUGGGUCACCACCACCAACAGCCGCAGCAGCAGCAACACCAUCACCACCAUCACCAUCACCACCAUCAUCAACACCACCACCACCAAAACCACCCAAGUGCUAAUGUGGACGGCCUGGACACGCACAACCUCAAGUUGCCGGCCAGUGACUCGGACGAGAAGGCAGAGGCAAUGUUGCCUCUGCGUUUGCUGUUACGCCCCGGAGCCCUCGAGUCGGAUUCCCUCAACGAGACCACCUUUAGUCCGGCCAGAUUUUAUAAACCCAAUUCGCGACGAAAACGAAAAAUCAAACGCAUGUCCAUGGAGUUUGAGUUCAGCAAGGACACCACGCCGCACAGCUUCACAGAGUCGCCGCUGCAGCCGGGCAUGCUGAGUGCCACGGGUGCCACGGCCACCGGUACCAUACGAAAGCGUCUGCUCAAGGCGGAUGGCCAUCGGUCGCAUUUGUUUUUCUGUGGCAAACGCAAGCGUUCCAAUCGUGAUCGAUAUCAUGAGCAGGAGCCAGGCAAGCUGUAUACCAUGCCACCACAGGAUGUGGAGCAGCAGCAUCAGCACCACCAGCAGCAGCAGCAAAGGAUGCGCCCGAGAAGUUACUCCUCCACAUCGAAACCCCUUAGCGAUCGCCUGCUGCCGCUGAACAAGGGACUGCUCUCAAAGAUCAAUCGCAUGGCUGCCCAGGGACAGCAGGCCAAGGCCAUGCCCAACCAAAAGACUGACAAGGAGCUGAAGGACAGGCCAUUAGAUGAGGCAGGCCAAGAAAUCCAAAUGGAUGAUGAUUUGGAGCUGCUGUCCCGGGUCAAGGAUGAUGUCAAGGAGAUGCCUUCGCUGCCACCGCCGCCGUCAAGUGCCGAAGUCCCGUCCAAAAACAAUUUGGAUUUUUUUAGCAUGGACACCAUUGUCCCGGUGACCGAUAUUGAUGCUUUGCUGCUUAGUUCGCCGCCCUCCGCUCCGCCGCUUCUGCGCAAGAAGACGCCAGCUGCUGCCUCCUCCUCCACCACCACCACCAAAACCCACCGCCGUCGUCGGUUUCAAGCGCUGCCCCACCAGCAGCAACCCCAACCCCAGCCCCAGUCCAUGGACUGCAGUGAAUUGUAUGACUUUCUUAGCUCCAGCUCGCUGAGCUCCUCCUCUGACAGUGAACCGGAUGUGGGCGGCCAUGGUGGUCAUAGGCGGCGGCAUGACACGGAUCGCGAGGGUGAUGACGAGCUCACCGACUGGCCGGGCAAUGAAUUUGGCCCUGGGGCCAGGUACGAUCCAAAACGGAAACUGACCAAGAAAUCACUGCUGCCGCAAAUUCGCUCCGAUGAUACCAUUGGCGAGGAUGACACUUUAAUGUCGGGCACCGAGGCGGCGGGUGCUAUGGAACCGCCACCAAAAUCCCCUGAAUCUCUCCAGGAUUUGCCACGUUUCCAGCUACCAAAUGCCGUUUCCGCCUCCUCGGAGCCCAUUGAGAUUCUAAACGCUGGCUGUGAGAUGGAAACGAAUGCCAUUAUGCCGGCGCCGCGUCAAAUCGAAAGUGAAAUGUCUGGCGAGACUUCUAAUCCGUUUCUAUCCUCAUCGCCGCCUGGUUUGGGCCAGGGACAGGAGGAGGUGCGUGAAAUUCGUGCUGGGUGCCGGCGUAUAAACGGCGAACGAGCUGGAUUUAGCAUCAAGCUGAGCGUCAACGAGCGUCUGGCCAGAUUUCUACAGGAUCCGCGACAAACACAAAUCCGGCUGCCGGACAUUGAGCUGUACGAGCCCGAUGGCAAUCUCAGUAACCUGGCCACUCUCUACUCCCUCACCAUGCUGGUGGAGCAGGGCUGCACGGUGCUGACCAAGACCAGAAACACCACGCAGUCGGUUAGCAUGGAUCACCUACAGCAUGGCCUGCAGCCGCCGCCGCCUGAUCUCUUUGGCGACUUCAAGCGACGCUGCUAUGGCGAGGAGGAGCCACAGGAGCCGCAAGAACCUGGCCACAAAUGAGAUCCAUCAGGAGAUACCCCCGAACUAGACCAAUCCCUAGCUAACGAGCCAGUGCGUUGUCCCCCGGCGACCUGGAGCCCUCUUUUGCUUCGGUGGAGAAACAAAAGCCUUAGUUUAAGCAAAAGAAUUUUUAGCUCGUCUUUUGUUUUUGUGUCCAUUGUAUAUAUUGAAUGAGAAUGUCUUGGUCUCUGCUUUCCCGGAUCACAGAUCUGGGGAGUGAGAGUUAAUCAGGCCACUUGGAAACGAGCGAGAGGUACGAUCGAAAGCCUUUUUCGCUGUACAAAAAAUAUAUUAAUGUUUAAGAUGUUUAAAUCUAAAGUGAA